CGGCCCGGCCGGAGCCGCGUGUGAGCAGCGCCGAGGCUGUGGGUGCCCGCCCGCCCGCCGGCCCCGGCCUGCCCGCCCGGCGCCCCCCGCCCGCAGGAUGUUCAAGAAAUUUGAUGAAAAGGAGAAUGUAUCAAACUGUAUCCAGCUAAAGACUUCAGUUAUUAAAGGCAUCAAGAAUCAACUGAUAGACCAAUUUCCUGUUAUUGAACCAUGGCUAAACCAAAUCAUGCCAAAGAAAGAUCCAGUCAAAAUAGUAAGAUGUCAUGAACAUAUAGAAAUCCUCACUGUGAAUGGAGAGUUGCUGUUCUUCAGGCAAAGAGAAGGGAUUUUUUACCCGACACUAAGGUUGCUUCACAAAUAUCCAUUUAUUCUCCCGCAUCAGCAGGUUGAUAAAGGUGCCAUUAAAUUUGUCCUGAGUGGAGCUAAUAUAAUGUGUCCUGGCCUGACGUCUCCUGGAGCAAAGCUUUACCCUGCUGCUGUUGACACUGUCGUUGCAAUAAUGGCAGAGGGAAAACAACAUGCAUUAUGUGUGGGAGUAAUGAAGAUGUCAGCUGAGGACAUUGAGAAGGUCAACAAAGGGAUUGGUAUUGAAAAUAUCCACUAUUUAAAUGAUGGCCUUUGGCAUAUGAAGACAUACAAGUGAAACAACAAGAACUGUUACUCCAAAGGAAUGCACUUAGAUUAAAUGUGGACUGCUUUGUAAUUCCUUGUUUUUAAUGUGACUGAAUGUACAAAUUAUUUUGUUCUGUGGCUAUGCUAAAUAAAUCCAAUUGAAUGCAAAAGUA